GAGAAAUGCAUGAAUGAUAUGACAGAAAAAAAUAUAUUAAAUACAAAAAACUAAUACAAAACUAUUGACUAAUAAUUUGUUUGUUUUUUUUUGUUGAUUAAUGCAAUCAAUCGACUGAAGAACUAAUUGAUCCGAAAGAUUCUGAAGAAGAUCUGAGAAGAAGUAGAAGAAGAAGAAGUUAUGGUUGGAUUUGAAUUGUUAUAUCAAUCAGUUGGUCCACAGUUGAGAUCCAGAAACGACUUGUUGGUCGCAUGUCUUCACUUUCAGUUGAUUCAGAAAGACUACCGUUUUUUGGGAACCGGCGAACAGUUUACCGAAACGGAUGACACCAAUGGCAGCGAACUGUUGUCCGACGGCUGGAAUCAAUCGCAGGACACGUAUGUACUGAGAUAUGUUAGCCAAAAGAAGUCGUCGCCGAAACAAAAACUUUUGGUCAAAUGUGUUGUCGCCAGCGAUAUGCUGAUCAUAUCGGCUCUGAUUGUGUCCGCCGACGACAAGAGCUCAUCGCAUACGUUCCGUACGAAUGACUUCAUUACCGCCGACUUUAAGACGUUUAACAAAGCCUUUACGUCGGGAAAUGCAAACAAUUUGUUGGACACAAUCAAUAGGGAUAUUGUUGACAAACUGUCGGCAACUACCACUACUACUAGAGAGUCGGGUACGUCCAGUCUGCGAGUGGAUAGACAACGACAACAACAACAAGAACCUGAUCCACUACUGGCCGAUCCGCCGCCGCCGUACGGUAUUCCCAAUUACGGUGGUUUAGGCUACGAUGGGAUCUAUGGCCAAGCCGGCCAAUGGCCACCGCCAAUAGGAGGAGCAGAUUUAGAUCCAUUUGGUAGAGGACAGGGCGGAAUGAUUAUGGAUCCGCGAGCCUUUCCCAAUCCAUUGGGCGGUAGACUACGCAAUCCGGCCCCCGGUUUGCCUCCAGGCGCUGUACCGCCUGGUGCCCGAUUCGAUCCGUUUGGACCCGGUAUCGGUCCGAGACCUAAUCGUAAUCCAAGACAAAUGGGGCCAGACCCGGAUCAUAUGCCACCCCCAGGAUAUGACGAUAUGUUUAUGUAAAUAAUAUAUAUAUAUAUAUAUAUAUA